AUGUCGUUCGCGGGCUUUAAGAAACAGAUCAACAAGGCAAACCAGUUUGUGAGCGAAAAGAUGGGAUCGGCCGAAGGAACUAAGAUGGAGGACGAAUUUAUCGAUCUGGAGCGAAAAACUGACGUGAUGACAAAUCUUGUGACUCAGCUGCUGGGCAAAACGAAGGAGUAUCUUCAGCCCAAUCCAGCCGUACGCGCAAAGAUUUACAUGCAUGUGGCCGCACAAGGGAGCAAAUACCCCCAGACGGAAGGAGCUCUUGGUGAUAUAAUGCUGAAAGCCGGCCAUGAUCUCGACCCACAACAAUCCGACUACGCUUCGGCUUUGCUCGAUGUCGGAAGUUCUUUGAUCGAAGUUGCCGAAGUGAAAGAUACGAUGGAUGCUCAAGUCCAUGAGAAUUUCCUAAUCCCGCUACACGAACUGGAAGAAAAGCAACUGAAAGAGAUCGCAGGGCAUCGGAAGAAGCUACAAGGACGGAGACUCGAUUAUGAUUGUAAGAAGCGAAAGGGAAAUAAAAUCGCGGUGGAAGAAGUGAAAAUGGCGCAGUACAAGUUUGAAGAAUCGAAAGCGAUUUGCCAACAGGAGAUGACCCAGUUGAUGGGAAAUGAAGUUGAGCGUAUUCAUCAGCUCAGUCAGUUGGUC